AAACACAUCAACGAAGGAAAAAGUAUAAAUAGAGAGAACACAUAAUAAUUAAUAAAAAGUCAUGAACCGAAAUAGAAAAAUGCUACUCAAUGAAACAAAUAGAUCCCGUCCGUCCAAGGGCCUCCACGUGGAAGAAUCCUAAGCCAAGACCAUGGCGAAGAAGGUAGCAACAAGAGCGGUGCCAGCAAUGAUGGGCUGGUUGAGUGAGAAUGCAGCGGAGGGAGGUGGUGGUGUAUCAGCGCUGUUUGGGCCUGGUCCAGCGGCGGGGCCUGGGCCUGAUGCUGGGCCGGAUGGGAUUGGGGCGGGUGGAGAGGAAGCGGAAGGGGUGGGUGCACCGGUGGGGGAAGCGGUUGGAGUGGGAGCUGGAGGGGAGGCGGAGGGAGCAGGGGUGGCAGCUGGUGGAGUAGUGGUGGGAGCAGGGGUAGCUGCUGGUGGUGGAGUUGCUGGAGGUGGGGCAGGUGCUGCUGCUGGCGGUGGUGGUGGGGUUGUUGUCGGUGCUUGUGUUGGUGCUGCACCAGGGGCUUGUGCUACACAGGAGGUGGCUAGAAGCCCCAAGAUCAGGAACAAUUUUACUGCAAUGGAACCCAUUUUGUACUCUUGGUGGCUUCUAGGAACAGAGAGGGGGCAGAGAGAACAGAGAGGAGAACAGUAUUGUGUGUGUGAGAUUUGAGAUAGAAAAGCUGAGAAGUGGAGGUGAAAGAUGAUAAAGGAAUAGGAUAUAUAAAAAGAGGUGGGAUUGGAAAGUGGGGGCUUCAGAGGUGUGGAAGGACAGCUAUUAAUGCAUCAAUAAUUCUCAAAGAUUCCUCCAACUCCUAUGUCUAAAAAUAAUAUAAUAUAACUGUUACAACUAGUGUUUUAUGAGUACUAGUAUUUAUUAAAGAACUCAAAAAAUUUAUAAUAUUAAAAGUUCUCUCCUUUUACCAUAUCACCCAUUCUUAAAGACAUUACAUUUGUUUAAAGGGGAACCAUUAGUUAAUAUUUACUUUCAAGGAUUUAUCUUUUUAGAAUAAGAAAUACAUUAGCCAAAAGUAUAGGCACAUGUACUUUUCGUUUUCGUAGACAUUCUUUAAACAUAUAAUUUUGUUACCCUUUUAACAGUCACAAAAUGGUAUAUUGAAAUAAUUUCUUGAGAAAAAAAAUAGGUUUAUAUAUAUUUUUUGAAACUGGUCUAUAUAGCAUAACCUAAUUGUAACAAAUUUUGAUAUAAUCAUUUAAUUAUGUGUUAUUUUGAUCACUUUUGCCUCACCCAGCUAGCCACGCUUCUUUUUAUCGUGGAGGCGGUGAGUAGUGGGUCAACACCCAAUUCUUCAUUUGAAAUUUUUGGUGAACCAGAGCAAAUACUUGUAUAUUACUGCAUGUAGGGGUGUACAAGGGACGGGUUGGGACGGGUUUUGGUUAACCUUAACCCGACCCUAAAUGUUGAUCGGGUCAAUUCAUAGACCCUAACCCGUCCCUAGACCCGAAGCAACCCGACAUUAUGCGGGUCCAAUUUAGGACGGGUCUAUGUAGGACGGGACCGGGUUGACCCGAGGGACAAUAAGUUUAAGACUAUUUGAUACUAAUUGUAAAAUUUAAAGAUAAUAACAUACUAAAAGAGUUAUAAGUUGGAACUAUUUUUUAGAAGAAAUAACUUGAAAGGAUCUAAUUCUUUCAUAAUCUAUUGCACUUGAGAUGUUUACAUUUUGUUUCAUCAUUUCUUCACUUGUCUCACAUAUGCAUAAUACGCACACAUGAUUUUCUCUUGUUAGAGCAUGAAAGUGUACAUAGUUUGACCAACAUUUAUUUAAUUCAUAAGGUAGAUGUUAAAUAUUUUAAUCUCAUCUACAUGGUAAGAUAAAUUUGAGCACCAUGUAUCACAUUUUAAUCACUAUAUCAAAUUAAAAUUUUAUAAAAUAUAUAUGUGGGACGGGCCGGGUGACCCGAGUGUCAACCCGAACCCGAUCCUACCCGAAGUCGGAUAACUCAAAGAUCAACCCGAACCCGAUCUCUUUUAAUGAACGGGCCGGGUUGAACCCGGCCCUAAAGGCUUGGGCCGAAACGGGUUGGCGGGUAGGGCCGGGUCUUGUACACCCCUAACUGCAUGUGCAAUUGUACCAAUUAUUAGCUGGCAGAUGUGGGGCGUGUCCAAAUUGGUUAUAAUGCAUCGAGCACUGUAAUAUUUGUGAAUGUACUUGUUUGUCAUUUUGUCCAUUGCAGCUACCCGAGAUUACCUCAACACCCUUUUCCCCUUUGGCUCAGCUACAUAUGUCGGUUUUGAGGGUAAGUGAGCAGUCACUUUCUGAUAAUGGGUCAUCUCUCAUUAGAACUUUUUAUGUUAUAUUAAGGUGAUGUUCGGGGUGGUUGUUGUUUUCAGUUUUUAGUUUUGAAAUGUUAUUUUCAAAACAAAACUUGUUAAUUACGUAAAAAACUAUAUGAAUGUUUAUAAUGAGAUAAACAUAAAAACUUCAUCUGGAGAAAUAUGAGAAACGGAUCAUAAUAUGUCACUGUCUACCUACAGUCCUACACCCUUGUGCUCUGCUUUUCCAGCCACUUUCCUAGUCCUAUUACCGCGUUAAUCAAAUGUUAAAUAACUCUAUCUUCAAAUGAAUGAUUGCAGUUUCUCCUUUAAAAAUAAAGUAAAAAAGGAGUGUAGUAAUGCAAAGUCUUAAUUGUGAAUUACACGCUGAAAUUUUAUUCUAACUUUUCAACAACUUUAGCAUUGUCCUACAGCACUAGAAGACUACCCUUCACGUUCUAACCAUAAAUCUAGGCCUCACACGUGGCACGUACCUUUUUUACUCCAUUGAUGUGUUCGUUCGUGUCGUCACAGAUCAUGUCAAAAACAGAAAGCACUGUCCUUCAUACGUGUCGAAGCCAUCCUUGUCCGGUAAUAACCUUUCUCUAAAGUGGAGUGAAAUACAAUUUAGAAAACUUAAAUACAAAUUAAACCUGUAAACAUCACUCAUAUUCUUAAUUAUAUAUAUUUAAUGAAUGAUAAUUACCCUUACGUUAAUUUCUAACCUUCCGGGGAAGAAAAAGUCUUAUUUCUCCAUUUUUUUAUCGUAACGUCAUUUUGCUUGGUGGUUCCCAUUUUUGAUUGAUGACAAACUGGAUAUAUAUUUGUUUUAUGAAGAAUAAUAAAUUAACCGUUGCAAAUGGUAAACAACUAACAUGCAUGUUCGUCUUCCAACCCGAGUAAUGAUAUAUACACACCUCAUUUUUUAAACACUCCAUUUUCACCUAUUUUUAUUUCUAUUUCUCUCAUCUUAUCAUCUAACACAUCUCAUAUUUUCUUUCUCUUACUUUUUCAUUUUUUCCUAUCUCUCUCACCAUUUUACCUCUCCACCUUAAAAGAGAGGUGUGAAUGAAACAUUACCCCUUCCAACCCCUCCACAUAUAAUAUUCGCAAGAGAAAUACUGUUUGUUGGGUGCAUGUUUUGUUGUCGUGCUAUAUAGUGCUGUUGUGAACAUGAUGGAUGGGGAGUGAUAUGAAGGACCCGUGUGCAGCUGGUACCAGAUGGAACCUGCUGUGAAAACUAGACACGUCCUACAAAAGGCUAAAGAAGUGCAUGUGGCAAAAUGUGGAAAUCCAAAAACUGAAUGUUCCAAUUGUUCCUUUAUAGUGUAGACCACUAAUAAGUUCGCCCCAAAGAUAGAAACACCCAUUUUAGUCGUAUGGAUUAAGUUGACCGACAUUUUAUGUGAUUACAUAGACUUAUUUGAUGGACAUUUUAGUAUAUUUUACAAUAUGAAUGAACUUGUCUACGAGACUACAACCCACAUUUUCACCAAUCAUCACCGAUUUAAUCAUUCACUUGAAUUCAAUGUAGCCGUUGCCAUUGUUUGAUUGUAAUAAUACGAGAAGUCUUCAGUCUUCACUAUUGUGAUAUUUUUAUAAAAAUAAAUAAAUUUUAAUGAUGAGCAAGGAGCUGGCAAAAGCUGGCAAUUAUUCAAGUUUGCUUGGACUUUUCCAAUUCUUUAUGUUUGUCUUUUUUAUUUAACCUACUCCAGCUUCAAUGUGCACCAUUAAUCAUGAUUUUGUAUAAUUUUUUAUCAUUCCCAUAAUUUGAAUCACAUGGAUGGAUUUGAAGGCUAGUUUUUCUGCUAAUGUUAAGAUGCUUGCACAUUUCCUUUUUGUGGGAUUAUCUCCUAUUUAUGAGACGUGGAAUCUUCCAUCUUGCUGAAAUAUGUAUGAGAAAGAAACUAUUUUCGGUUUUUAUUUUACAUAAAUGCAUCUGUUGCCCUGUUAA